UGGUAGUAGUUCCUGCCCGUCAGGAACGUGAUCCCCUUUUGAUUCCCCGUUGUGCCGCUUGCAUCUCAAGACCGACCACGUCGCUGCUCAACGCCCCCCCGUUUGACGCCUUCUCGCUCUUCUGUGAUAGCCGCUCGGUGACGCGCACCACGAGCCGGUCGCCGCCCAGUCCACCCGCUUCUUCGGCGCCGCUUACUCUCGCGCUUCGGGGCCGUUCGGACCCGCCGCUCCCACCUUUCGCCACCAUUAGUAGCCACACCCACUCGCACGGGCUGGACGCCAAUUGGGCGCCAGUCUCGAGCGUCAAUGAGGCCGUGAGCAUGUUUUCCGUGGGGGGACCGCCGCAAUCCGGCCCUCCGGGUCCCGUGGGACCUCCUGGCUCCAACAGCAGUAGCAAUAACGGUGGUUCCGGCUUAGGCGGCCAUCCUGGCGUGAUUGGCAACCCACCCAUUACGCAGACUUUGGGCACGGGCAUUGGAUUGGGAUUGGGCACCAUGAUCCAAGGCACGGGUUCUUUGGGCGCCAUCGGCCCUUCCUCCAGUGGCGGUAGUUCGUUAGGCGGGGGCAAUGGAGCGGGUGCGCCGGGGGAUCGAUCGCCACCGGGUGUCGGCGGUGUCACUGCGGCCCUCGGGGGGCUAACCUUGGGCGGUGGCAACGUGGCCGCCGGGGGUGGAAAUGGCGUCUAUGGCGGUGGCCCGAUUGGUUCGUUACCCGGCCCCAAUCCUGAUGGACCCGUUUUUGUGUGUCCCCGCCGUCCCAAUUUGGGUCGUGAUGGUCGCCCCAUUCUCCUCCGAGCCAAUCACUUCCAAAUCACAAUGCCGCGCGGCUUCAUCUCCCACUACCACGUGUCCAUCCAACCCGACAAGUGCCCCCGCAAAGUCAAUCGCGACAUCAUUGAAACGAUGGUUCAGUCGUAUAGCAAAAUCUUCGGCGCCAGUAAACCCGUGUUUGACGGUCGCUCUCACCUCUACUCCCGUGAGCCCUUACCCAUUGGCAAAGAGCCCGUGGACUUGGAAGUGACUCUGCCCGGCGAGGGGAAGGACCGUGUCUUUCGCGUGUCUAUCAAAUGGGUGGCACAAGUUUCUUUGUACGAUCUCGAGGAGGCGUUGGAGGGCCGUACGCGCACCAUCCCGUUCGAUGCCAUUCAGGCCUUGGACGUGGUGAUGCGACACCUCCCUUCCAUGACUUACACCCCAGUAGGCCGAAGCUUUUUUUCUUCACCCGAGGAUUACUAUCACCCUUUGGGUGGUGGGCGAGAAGUUUGGUUUGGUUUCCACCAGUCGGUACGACCUUCCCAAUGGAAAAUGAUGCUCAACAUUGAUGUGUCGGCCACGGCCUUCUACAAGGCUCAGCCCGUGAUUGACUUCAUGUGCGAAGUGUUGGAUCUCAGGGAGGUGGUCGAUUCCAAGCGACCGCUCACCGAUUCCCAGCGGGUUAAGUUCACCAAGGAAAUCAAAUGCCUCAAGAUCGAAAUUACCCAUUGUGGUGCCAUGAGACGAAAGUAUCGAGUAUGCAACGUCACGCGACGACCCGCCACCAUGCAAUCAUUUCCCCUCCAGCUUGAGAAUGGUCAAACUGUGGAGUGUACCGUGGCCAAAUACUUCUUGGAUAAAUACAAGAUGAAACUCAGGUACCCCAACCUGCCCUGCUUGCAAGUGGGACAGGAGCACAAACACACUUACCUGCCUCUCGAGGUCUGUAACAUUGUUCAAGGCCAAAGAUGCAUUAAGAAGCUCACAGACAUGCAAACGUCCACGAUGAUCAAGGCUACUGCGCGAUCCGCCCCAGACCGGGAAAAAGAAAUCAACAGUCUCAUUCGCCGUGCUGACUUCAACAACGAUCCCUUCGUACAAGAGUUUGGUCUCAACAUCAGCCACAGCCUCAUGGAGGUUCGAGGCCGGGUCUUGCCCCCGCCGAAGAUUCAGUACGGUGGUCGAUCCAAGCAACAAGCCCUCCCUAAUCAGGGAGUGUGGGAUAUGCGUGGCAAGCAAUUUUUCACCGGAGUCGAAAUUAGGGAAUGGGCCAUCGCCUGCUUUGCUCCAAGUCGGACCGUACGCGAGGACGCACUCAGAAACUUCACGGUUAGUCUUCAAAAGAUCAGUAACGACGCCGGCAUGCCCAUCGUGGGACAACCUUGCUUUUGCAAAUACGCUAAUGGUCCGGACCAAGUCGAACCCAUGUUUCGAUAUCUGAAGAACACCUUCCAUGGCCUCCAACUCGUAGUGGUUGUGUUGCCCGGCAAAACACCAGUCUAUGCUGAAGUGAAGCGUGUGGGUGACACUGUGUUGGGCAUGGCCACUCAAUGCGUCCAAGCCAAGAACGUGAACAAGACCUCUCCCCAGACCUUGUCCAACUUGUGUCUCAAAAUCAAUGUGAAACUGGGGGGAGUGAAUAGUAUUCUCGUUCCCAGCAUUAGACCAAAGGUAUUCAAUGAGCCCGUAAUCUUCCUUGGGGCAGAUGUCACUCACCCUCCUGCGGGCGACAACAAGAAACCUUCCAUAGCAGCAGUUGUUGGAUCUCAAGAUGCUCACCCCUCUCGGUAUGCUGCCACCGUUCGGGUUCAGGCUCAUCGUGUCGAGAUCAUUCAAGAGCUUUCCACCAUGGUCAAGGAGCAUCUCAUGAUGUUCUACAAGUCAACUGGAGGCUAUAAGCCUCAUCGUGUCAUCAUUUAUCGCGAUGGCGUGAGUGAGGGUCAAUUCAUGCAAGUGCUCCAACACGAGCUCACGGCCAUCCGUGAGGCAUGCAUCAAAUUAGAAGCCGAUUACAAGCCCGGGAUAACGUUUAUUGUGGUCCAGAAACGCCAUCACACUCGUCUGUUCUGCGCCGAGAAGAAAGAGCAAUCCGGGAAAUCCGGCAAUAUACCAGCUGGAACCACCGUCGACGUAGGCAUCACUCAUCCCACCGAAUUCGACUUCUACUUGUGCUCACAUCAAGGUAUUCAAGGCACCAGUCGACCCUCCCACUACCAUGUUCUAUGGGACGACAACCGAUUUGUGGCCGACGAGCUCCAGCAACUCACCUACCAACUCUGUCACACCUACGUUCGUUGUACUCGAUCUGUGUCGAUUCCAGCCCCCGCUUACUAUGCCCAUCUUGUGGCCUUCCGUGCCCGUUAUCACUUGGUGGAGAAAGAGCAUGAUUCUGGUGAAGGAUCGCAUCUCUCGGGUGGAUCCGAAGACCGAGCCCCAGCCGCCAUGGCUCGAGCCGUCACGGUGCAUUCCGACACUAAGCGAGUCAUGUACUUUGCCUAGACGACCAAGCAACACGCCGAUCGAAGGCCUGUCCCAAAUAUUAUGCAUUACCUGCCCCAUCUAGUACACAACCACAUGGAAAAUAAGUUUUACCAACUUGUGAUUCUUGAUUAUGGCGCAUUUGCCAUCAAGAUCAUUCGUACUCUUUCUCUCUCGCUCCUCCCGAUCUAAAUCACAACAAGAACCAUAACCUGAUGAAUCUUUGGAAUGUUUGUGUGAUAAAUGUUGUCAUGAAGAUGACCAGCCACGGGCAAAAGAGUCAGUCACCCACAGAAAGUCAUCCACGACGCAAUCCUACUGGCCACCCUCACCUCUACCAUCCUCCAGCAUCACCAUCUUGCGAUCACUGAGGACAGCGUGGAAACCCAAAACACGGCCAGUAUGAUUUGUCAAGCCAAUGUUUCACUCGCCUCAUUGUUGGUGUGUUGAAUGUUUUCACCCCCAGCUUUACUGGGCUAACAUAUCAAUGGGUCCUUCCAAAGAUGAUUCCACGUGCUUUUGUACAUAUUUGUAAUCUUUGUUCGGUUGAUUUCUGGCUAAACCUGCUCUGGAUUCUAAUUCCACAAUCGAACAAACAAUUCCGUUAUUUGCAUGAACUCAUCCUCUCCCUCGAAUCAAUUAAUGUUUGCAUUACAAAUGUGGAUCACUUCAAAUCACCAUACCCGCCAUUCACAUAUUUCAAAACAAGUCUUAUGUGCCCUAAUUCACUUUACCCAAACCGUAUUCUGCAUUAUCGUACCGAAUUGUAAUAGGAUGAAAAGCAAAAUUCAAUCACUCCCUUCCCAAAUGAACAAUGUUUUGAAUCGUUAUUAUUCGUCAAGAGAAAUUCAUGUCGUCAAGGGUCCAAUCCUAAAUAAAAUAACCACAUUUUUUGAUCACUUCAAAUCAUUUUCGAGAAAUGCUCAAUUCAAUGACCGAGAAGCAACACUUGAUUACCACGUGGUUUGAAGUUAUGUUUCACAAAAUGUUGGGACUGGAUCCUUGUCAACAUACUCGUCCAAUUCGACUUGAGAAACAAUUUUACAAAUUAAGGCUUCAUCCAAACUUGGCGUUCUGUUUUGUCCACAAAAUAGCUUUGAAAUCGAUUCUCGUGGAUGAAAGAACACUUGGUGUAUGUGUGAGGAAAAAUGGAAUGAAAUUGUUCAAAUUGAAAGACAAAGCUGACAUCCCUGUUAGCCAAUUUUAAAUCAACCUGUAAAUGUUACUUACUCCUCAAUGUAGAGUAGCUCAGCACACAAAGCGGGCCAAUUUUGCCCUCUUUCUCUAUCCGUUUCUUCCCCGUAACUCUUAAGGAUUCCCUUAUGAUUGUUCACUCAAUUGUCUGUUUGGUUCCUCCUUUUCCCAUCUACAGGGCCAGAUGAAUUUGAUACUCUAGCUUAUACCCGCUCAUGAAGGAAGACAAGAGAUCAACUGUUGAUCCGAUUCGGACGAUUGAUUUCUCAAUCAAAUACCUGAUCCAUUCUUUAGUUUUAAUUCAUAAGUUGCAUUAAUCUGCACCAAAUUUUCUAACUUGUACAAGCCGUCGUCAUAUACCAGUGUACUGAUGAUGCAUUCACUCACUUGCUCGCUCACCUUUUUUCUCCCCAAAAUUGCAUUUAUUGUUGUUCAUUAAUGAUAAAUGCCUGCCUCUGAUUCAAUUCAAACCAAUAUUCACAAUGUCUGCUUAUCUAUUGAUCAAUGAACCUUCAAAUGACCAUCUCUUCCCAGCGUUUAGGCUAGUUGUAACUGUAAGUUGGACGAAGGGCAGCUCUUACUCCUACGUUUCCCAGAAAUACUAAACCUUCUAACCUUCUACUGAAGGGCAUUCAUUGACCAACAACCCAUUCAUUGUUCAUGUACGAAAAGAACAUUGACAAACAUUCAACCUUUCGACAGCCAAUAAAAACCAAUUCGGAUUACUGUUUCAAA